UGGGCUGGCCGCUCGGGCCCCUCCCCGCAGUGGUUUCUCCUGCAGCUCCCCCCGCCUGGGCGGCCAGUCGUGCAGCCCGCGCCCCUGCCGCUGCUCUGCUCCGAGCCGCCCCCCUCGAGCGCGCGCCCGGGACACUCGUUCGGCCGCGGAAGGUGAAGCGCCUGGAGGCGGCUGCGGACCUCGCGGCCCCCGGGAGCGCGGCAGCUCAGCCCCAGGAGCCGGACAGACAAAAGAGGCCGCGGGCGCAGAAGCAUCGGCGCGAUGGCCGGGCGCGGAGGCCGGGCGCUGCUAGCGCUGUGCGGCGCAUUGGCCGCCUGCGGGUGGCUGCUGGGUGCAGAAGCCCAGGAGCCGGGCGCGGCCGCGGCGGGCAUGAGGCGGCGCCGGCGGCUGCAGCAGGACGACAGCAUCUCGUUCGAGUACCACCGCUACCCCGAGCUGCGCGAGGCGCUGGUGUCCGUGUGGCUGCAAUGCACCGCCAUCAGCAGAAUCUACUCGGUGGGGCGCAGCUCCGAGAAUCUGGAGCUGCUGGUCAUCGAGCUGUCCGACAACCCCGGGGUCCAUGAGCCUGGUGAGCCCGAAUUUAAAUAUAUUGGGAAUAUGCAUGGUAAUGAGGCUGUUGGACGGGAACUGCUCAUCUUCUUGGCCCAAUAUCUGUGCAACGAAUACCAAAAGGGGAAUGAGACAAUUGUCAAGCUGAUCCAUAAUACUCGGAUCCACAUUAUGCCUUCCCUGAAUCCUGAUGGGUUUGAGAAGGCGGCAUCUCAGCCUGGUGAGCUCAAGGACUGGUUUGUGGGUCGAAGCAAUGCCCAAGGAAUAGAUCUGAACCGAAAUUUUCCAGACCUGGAUAGGAUAGUCUAUGUUAAUGAGAAAGAAGGUGGUCCAAAUAAUCAUCUGUUGAAAAAUCUGAAGAAAAUCGUGGAUGAGAACAAAAAGCUUGCUCCUGAAACCAAGGCUGUCAUUCACUGGAUUAUGGACAUUCCUUUUGUGCUCUCUGCCAAUCUGCAUGGAGGAGAUCUCGUGGCUAAUUACCCUUAUGAUGAGACUCGAAGUGGCAGUACACAUGAAUAUAGCUCCUGCCCAGAUGAUGCCAUUUUCCAAAGCUUGGCUCGGGCUUACUCUUCUUUCAACCCACCCAUGGCAGACCCCAGCCGCUCACCGUGUCGCAAGAAUGAUGACGACAGUAGCUUUGUAGAUGGAACAACCAAUGGUGCAGCUUGGUACAGUGUGCCUGGUGGAAUGCAAGAUUUCAAUUACCUCAGCAGCAACUGUUUUGAGAUCACUGUGGAGCUUAGCUGUGAAAAGUUUCCACCUGAAGAGACUCUGAAGAGCUACUGGGAGGAUAACAAAAACUCUCUUAUUAACUACAUUGAGCAGAUACACCGAGGAGUGAAAGGGUUUGUCCGAGACCUUCAAGGUAACCCAAUUGCCAAUGCAAGCAUCUCCGUGGAAGGAAUCGAGCAUGAUGUUACAUCUGCUAAGGAUGGUGAUUAUUGGAGAUUGCUUGUACCUGGAAAUUAUAAAGUUACAGCCUCAGCCCCAGGCUACUUGGCAAUAACAAAGAAAGUGGCUGUUCCGUAUAGUCCUGCUGUCUCGGUUGAUUUUGAAUUGGAGUCAUUUUCUGAAAGGAAAGAAGAGGAGAAGGAAGAAUUGAUGGAGUGGUGGAAAAUGAUGUCAGAAACUUUAAAUUUUUAAUAGGCAUCCAACUAGCUGCUUUUUUUUCUCUCUCUCUAUACAAUGCAGUAUGGUAAAAUGUGGCCAUUUUCUUUUAGAUUUUGUGCAGUUAAUAUUUAACAAUGACUUAUUUUCUAAUCACUUAGAUAUAAAUAUACAUCUUAAAUAACUAGACUCCUAGGUAAAACUAUAAAAACUUGAUCUGUUUCUUCUCUCAUAUAAUACUAAUUUUCCAACAUUUAUUACAGAAAAACUAUAGAAAAGAUGUGAUCUUUCCAUAUUAGACUUAAAUGCAACAUUCCAUGUGUUCUUCACAAUACAGAACAUUCUGAGUAAUUCUAGACUUUAAAAAUUAGUGAAUUCCUUUCAGCAUAGUUGGUAAGAGUGUCACACAAUGAAUGCUAUUGAAAAGGCAAAUAGCUAUAUUUUGGAGUUGUGAACAUUAAACAUAUUGCAAGACUUAAAAAUAGUUCAGUAUAAACUGUCAUUUGUCUUGUGCUGGCUGACUAGCUAUAUAAGCAUGAUCUUAAUGCAUUUUUGAUGAGAAGAAAACAAGUGUUUUGCAAGAGAUUUUUUUUUAAAAGAAUGGAAAUUACUUUCUUGCUUGUGUACAUUGGAACAACACAGUUAUAUCAUUUAACACGAUAUAACUUCAGAGUAUAGGAAUUUUCUCUUGGAUGUAGAUUGACGAAGACUUGCAUUCUGAAUUAAUAAAGCUAAAAAAAUC